CACUGACGGCAGUGAAAUUCAGGCAGGGGUGAGAGGUACCCAUGAGAUGUUUUGAGAAUUUUUAUACAAUUAUUUAUUUAAAUAAAAAAUGGCCGCCGUAGAGAGCGGAGACGAGAGACUCAGUGAGGAGAAGAGUGAGGACGCCAUCCAGACUCAGAGCUCCAACGACAAGGACCCUAAGACACACAGCAACCCAAAGAAGGUGAGGCGGGAGCGGAGGGAUAUGGAGAAGGAGAGGCUGGAGUCUUCAUCCACCACCACUAUGUUCUCCCCUCCUCGUCCUCCAGUCCAGCAGCCCAGUGUAGACCAAGACCAGCCGCAGCUGGCUGAGGCGGGGCCCUCGGAACCUAUGGUUACUGCAGUUGGUGAGGCCUCGGGUCUAUUUGAGUCCCCUGCUUCGCCCAAACAGAGGAGGUCCAUAAUCAGAGACCGUGGUCCUUUGUACGACGACCCCUCUCUGCCCCAGGGCUGGACACGUAAACUGAAACAACGCAAGUCUGGGCGGUCCGCCGGAAAGUUUGACGUCUACUUGAUGAACCCAGAGGGGAAAGCCUUCCGUUCCAAGGUGGAGCUGAUCGCCUUCUUCCAGAAGGUAGGAGACACCGCCUCCGACCCCAAUGACUUCGACUUCACCGUGACAGGGCGUGGGAGUCCCUCCCGCCGCGAGAAGAGACCCCCAAAGAAACCCAAGGUGAUGAAACCGUCAGGGAGGGGCCGGGGUCGGCCGAAGGGGAGUGGAAAGUUACGCCCGGCCAUGGAGGGCGUGGCAAUGAAGCGUGUGGUGGAGAAGAGUCCUGGGAGGCUCUUGGUCAAAAUGCCUUUCAGCGCAUCCAAGGCAUCUGAAGCGGCGGGGCAGCCGCCAUCGCAGGUCGUAGUCACCACGAUGCGCCCUGGACGGAAAAGGAAGGCGGAGACACAACUGCAGACUGCUCCGAAAAAGCGGGGGCGUAAGCCAGGGUUGGUGUCAGCGGCAGUUGGGGUGGCGGAUUCCAGUACUUCCUCCUACGCAGCGGUUGCUAUCGUCGCCGCAGAAGCCAAAAGGAAAGCUCAGAAGGAGUCUUCCACUAAGCCAGUGCAGCAGACCGCUCUACCCAUCAAGAAACGCAAGACCAGAGAAACUGUUGAGGAGUCGAAAGACAUUCCAGCUAUAGCCGGGGCAGGGAUAGGGACAGGGAGUGCUGUGGUGGUGGUGGCAGCAGCAGAGAGGACAGACCAGGGACAGAAGGACCAGGGACAGAAGGACCAGGGACAGAAGGACCAGGGACAGAAGGAUCAGGGACAGAAGCUGCCAAAGAGUCCAGGGAGGAUGCACAAGGACAGUCCCGUGACUGCCGGGCUGACCGCAGAGGACAGUGGUGGGGCCAGCGUUGGGUCUAAUAGUGGGGCCAGCGUUGGGUCUAAUAGUGGGGCCAGUGGAGGCGGCAGCAGCAGUAGCAUCACUACCCCAAAGAGUCACAGCCACAAGAGAAAAGAGCGUACGCCGCACAAACACCUUCACCACCACCACCGUCGCCACAGUCACUCCUCUGUAGUGGAGGAUCCUCCUCCCCCACCCUCCCAGCGGCCCCCUCAUCAUCACUUCCCCGGCUUGACUAUGGGCCUAGUCUCCCAUACAGCCAGGGCCUCGGUGAGGCCAGGGGCACUCCUGCAGAAUGAGCCCCAGGACCUGAGCACCUCCAGGGGGCCCUGCCGGGGUAGCACCACCACGGCCAGAGGAGAGAGAGAGGAGGUCCGGGAGGUCAGACAGGACAGGUGUCCAAAGCCUCCGGUAGCUGCAGUGGUGGGAAUAGGUUAUACCAGGGCCAACAAGCAUCAAGUGGGCAUGGCAGCAGGGACGGUGGAAGGGAGGGAUUUGAGAGACAUUGUAUCCUUCUCGGCCGUACCCAGACCUAGCCGGGAGGAGACGGUCUCGGCCGUACCCAGACCUAGCCGGGAAGAGACGGUCUCGGCCGUACCCAGACCUAGCCGGGAGGAGACGGUCUCAGCCGUACCCAGACCUAGCCGGGAGGAGGCGGUCUCAGCCGUACCCAGACCUAGCCGGGAGGAGACGGUCUCGGCCGUACCCAGACCUAGCCGGGAGGAGACGGUCUCAGCCGUUCCCAGACCUAGCCGGGAGGAGGCGGUCUCAGCCGUACCCAGACCUAGCCGGGAGGAGGCGGUCUCAGCCGUACCCAGACCUAGCCGGGAGGAGACGGUCUCAGCCGUACCCAGACCUAGCCGGGAGGAGGCGGUCUCAGCCGUACCCAGACCUAGCCGGGAGGAGGCGGUCUCAGCCGUACCCAGACCUAGCCGGGAGGAGGCGGUCUCAGCCGUACCCAGACCUAGCCGGGAGGAGGCGGUCUCAGCCGUACCCAGACCUAGCCGGGAGGAGGCGGUCUCAGCCGUACCCAGACCUAGCCGGGAGGAGACGGUCUCAGCCGUACCCAGACCUAGCCGGGAGGAGACGGUCGAGUCUCGGACACCGGUCACUGAAAGGGUUAGUUGACUGCGUUGCAGGACCGAUGUCUGUAAGGAGAGAGGAGACGUUUAGUGCAGCAGUGGAUUUUUAUAAGAAAACAACAAACAGAAAAUGUGUACAUAAAAACAAAAGACAGCUGUUGGUUGGGCUGUUUAUCUGUUUAUUGACAAACAAAUAACGCAGCUUAAUGGACAUCCCACAACAGAUUGCUUCCUGAUUCAUUUUUCCUUUAAAAAAAAAUGUUUUGUAAUUGUUUUGUUCUUUCUUUUUGCUUUAAACCUGUUAGUCAUCCACUGCGACCCAUGAUCCUUUGCUCAAAGCUUACAGGACGUGGAGGACCUACACUUCCUGUAUACAUCAUCAGCCGGAAACUAUGGAAUCCAUGGUUUAAGAUACCAUUGUUAAAAUGGGACUAAACAGGGUUGGAUUUGCCUAAAGCCAAGGCACAUGUCCUGUCUGGCCCUUUAUAAAGUGGACUUGCCAAUUGUUCUGUGCUCCGUGGAUAGAGGCCUCACAAUAUACAUAUGCCAUGCAAGCUGCCACUGCUUCUGUUGUAGCAUCUUCUUAUUACUGCAGUACCCGCAGGGUGAGUCCAAAAUGGCACCCUAUUCCCCAUUUUAAUGCACUGCUUAUAGGGCUCUGGUCUAAAGUAGUGCACUGUAUCGGGACUAGGGUUCUAUAGGACUCUGGUCUAAAGUAGUGCACUAUAUCAUGACUAGGGUUCUAUAGGACUCUGGUCUAAAGUAGUGCACUGUAUAGGGAAUAGGGUGCCAUAGGGCUCUGGUCUAAAGUAGUGCACUGUAUAGGGACUAGGGUGCCAUUUUGGAUGAAGCCUCGGUUUCCAGUCCACGCUCUACAGUCCAGGCCUAUUCAUUUAGGUGAUAUAUGUUUUCCUCAACCUAUAAUAUGUCUAUGCGUCCCAAAUGGUACCCUACUCCCUAUGUAGUGCACUACUUUAGACCAGAACCCUAAAAGUAGUGCACUACUUUAGACCAGAACCCUAAAAGUAGUGCACUACUUUAGACCAGAACCCUAAAAGUAGUGCACUACUUUAGACCAGAACCCUAAAAGUAGUGCACUACUUUAGACCAGAACCCUAAAAGUAGUGCACUACUUUAGACCAGGACCCUAACAGUAGUGCACUACUUUAGACCAGAACCCUAAAAGUAGUGCACUACUUUAGACCAGGACCCUAAAAGUAGCGCACUACUUUAGACCAGAACCCUAAAAGUAGUGCACUACAUAGAGAAGAGGGUAUCAUUUGGGACUAACUCCUGAAGCUUUGAAACGAAAACACUCUUGAUGCUGACCGAUAACUUCCUAUCUGAUGGUGGAGGUGAUGAAACCGCAGGGUUUCAGAGGCCUAGAUACACCAAUGACGUGUGGUUUGAUGAAUGUUUGGCUCCUGAAAACAGGUUCAAUUACAAUUACAAUUCUACCCGAUGCCUUUUCUCGUCGUUUACUUAUGUAAUGGAGGCUGACCGUAGUCCCACAAAUACACAGAAGCAAAUAAUAGAAUAACAAUCAUUAAAACAGUAUUAUAAUUUUUUUUUACUAGUAAUGCAAAUGAGAUGGUAAAAUUUCCAUGUACUCAGUUUCUCUUAAAUUGAACUGUUUCCCCACAGUCAGACAGGAAGCUAAAAGCACAACUGGACUCAGGCAUUAUAAUAGCCAAUGCUCCAUAGAUUCGUCCCCCCCCCCCCCCAAUUUUUUUGUUGUUGUUGUCAAUACCUAAAGUAUCAAAAGUUUUCUAUAUACUCAAAUGACAUCCCAAAGACAAUAUAAAUAACCAAACCCGCUGGAGGAAGUUGUUUUGUUGUCUGUUGUGUUUUGGGGGGGGGGGGGGGAUUUUUUGUUGUUGUUGUCAAUAAUUAAAAAGUAGACAGCAUAGUGGGUCAAUUUCCACUACAGCUAGGCAUUUAGAAGCACGAGGCUCAACUUCUCCACUGUUUCGGUCCCGAGGAAAAUCGAACCAGUGCACAUCUGUAGAUACUGUGUGAGAGCAAUACUUGAUCAUCUUAAUAUCUCCGGUACUGUUCGUAGGGCGACGUCAUUUAGUCAAGUCUACCAUUUAAAAAUGUUUUUUAUUCAGUUCUGUUCCAAAAAAAAUGUAUUUCAAAUAGAGGAUUUGAUUAUUAAAUAUUCCAGUUUUGACACA